CGCCCGCCCGCCGGCCGCCCCCGACGCCCGCUCGGUCCCCGCGUGCAGGCCCGCAGCAGCAUGUCGGCGUCCGGCCCCGCCGCGGAGGACGGCGACGGCGACCCGGCCCCGGCCGCGCCCGAGCAGGAGCCCGAGAUGCCCGAGCGCCGGGAGCAGAGCGAGGACGACGAGGAGGAGGACGACGACGACGACGACGAGGACGAGGAGGAAGAGAAAGAGAAAAGCCUCAUUGUGGAAGGCAAGCGGGAAAAGAAAAAAGUGGAACGAUUGACAAUGCAAGUGUCUUCUUUACAGAGAGAGCCAUUUACAAUUGCACAAGGAAAGGGACAGAAACUUUGUGAAAUUGAAAGGAUACAUUUCUUCCUCAGUAAAAAGAAAAUAGAUGAACUACGAAAUCUACAUAAACUGCUUUACAACAGACCAGGCACAGUGUCUUCAUUAAAGAAGAAUGUGGGUCAGUUUAGUGGCUUUCCAUUCGAAAAAGGAAGUACCCAGUAUAAGAAGAAGGAAGAAAUGUUGAAAAAAUUUAGAAAUGCCAUGCUCAAGAGUAUCUGUGAAGUUCUUGAUUUGGAGAGAUCGGGUGUAAACAGUGAACUGGUGAAGAGGAUCUUGAAUUUUUUAAUGCAUCCAAAGCCUUCUGGCAAACCCUUGCCAAAAUCUAAAAAAUCUUCCAACAAAGGCAGCAAAAAGGAACGAAACCGUUCUGGGGUAGCAAGGAAAGCUAAGAGAACCAAGUGUCCUGAAAUUCUGUCAGAUGAGUCUAGCAGUGAUGAAGAUGAAAAGAAAAACAAGGAAGAGUCUUCAGGUGAUGAAGAUAAAGAAAGUGAAGAGGAGCCACCAAAGAAGGUAUCUAAAAAGGAAAAACCUAAACAGAAAACCACAUCUAAAAGUAAAAAGUCUGCAAAAAGUGCUAAUGUUAAAAAGGCAGAUAGCAGCACCACCAAGAAGAAUCAAAACAGUUCCAAAAAAGAAAGUGAAUCUGAAGAUAGUUCAGAUGAUGAACCUUUAAUUAAAAAACUGAAGAAACCUCCUACAGAUGAAGAGAUAAAGGAAACAGUAAAGAAGUUGUUGGCAAAUGCUAACCUGGAAGAAGUUACAAUGAAGCAGAUUUGCAAAGAGGUAUAUGAAAAUUAUCCUGCUUAUGAUUUAACUGAAAGGAAAGAUUUCAUUAAGACAACCGUUAAAGAGCUAAUUUCUUGAAAUAAAGGACAGAGACGGAUGACUAUGCCCAUGGAUGUCAAGAUCAGAUUUAUAUUAUAAUACCAGCACAGAGAAUGUAAUCCCUUUUCUAAGUCCUUGCAAGCAUUGUGUUCGUAAAACCUAAUGCUGACCUUUUUAUCUUGAGUGUUGCUUAAAUUUAAGUUUGCUAUUUCAAAUUGCAUUUCUAUGCAGUUUUAAGUUUUAAAGUUUUGCAUGGCAGUAAUUUUCUUGCUUUUAUAGUUGUAUUUUGUACAUUUUGGAUUUUUUUAUAUAAGGCUAUAGAUUCUUGAACUGUUGUAGUUUUUAGUGUGCUUAUUACUAGCUUAAGACAUACUUUUAAUCAAGUAGACCAGAAACUAUUCUAAUUAGCAAUCGUACAUGCAGACAGUUGCAGUAUUUAGUAUAUGAAAUAUUUUGAAUACACAUCUGACCGUGUAUUCAUUAUAUUAAAAAUAUACCAGCUUUAGCUAUCCGGAUGAUUAAAUCAGAACUUCACUUCUGCAUGUGUAUAUAUGUCAAAUUGUCAGCAUGACAGAAAUGACAGAUGUUAUUUUUGUAUUUUUAAAAACAAAUUUGUUGUAUAUAGUUUUUUUAUUUCUUUUGUGCAGAUCAAUUUUUAAACUCAUAGGUAUCUUUACAGUUAUAAACCAUGAAGUGUCAGUGUUCAGCUAGGUGGUAUAACAGAGCAUUGAGAAUCAGAAUUCAGUCAAGAAAAAGCUGGAAAAAACCGAAAGUUCUGCUUUGCCUCAAAAGUGUCAUCAACUGUAGUUUUAGUGUUAACUCUGCAAGUGUCUGUAAAUAACUUUUAUAUAAGAAUAGACCAGAAUCAACACUUAAGAAACUUGGGGACAAGUGGGAUUAAGUAAAAGCACAUUUGGCUUAUAAUAAGUUAGAUGAUUUUUAUUAAGUUUUUCUGCCCACAUAAAAGGCUGAUAUUUACAGGAGACCUCACCCCGUUUAUAAAAUUAUGAUAAAUAUACCAAUUAUAAUGCUGGAAAGUAAUGCGUAGGCAAUAAAGGCUCUUUGACAGUAUUUAUCAAAAAGUGGUAAUAAGUCUUAUUAUUUUUAACAUUAAAUAAAUGUAUUUGUAGACUGAGCUGCUGGGUUUUAAAUUUAUGGCUAAUCAGGAUUCUAUGAAUCAACAUGGACCACCCCUGAAUGAGACUAAUUUUGUCUUUUAAAUUGACUACCUUAAUCAGUUUAUUAAAUCUCCAAAGUUUGAAAUAUGCUGCUUGUAAGAAAAUUAGGCAUUUGAUAAACCAAUUAAGUGUUUAAAAUAAAAAUGCUGCUUAGAAGUAUAAAAAUGAUAUUGUUAACAGGUAUUUUCAGUUAUGCCUAGUUUCUUGCUAAGGUUUUAAGCAGGUAUACUCCACACUAAUGAAUGGAUCAAACCACAUAAGACAAGAAUUGGCCUUUGAUUUUAAAUAUCUAGUUUGUUCCUUAUAAACCUUGUCAAUAAAAAUGAAAAAAA